CUGAAACUAAUCGCGAGCGAAAUGACUGAGUCCCGAGAAGUGGACGAAAUAAUCACAGCGUUGAAGAGAAUGAAGAACUCAGUGGAUAUCGAAGAGACCUUACAAUCGAGUGUAAACCUGGAGAACAUCGACGAGAACAUUCAGUCGUACAGAAGUGACGAUCUGACCUCGGAGACUUGGUGCCCCCAAAUGGAAAACAACAAUCUCUCCUCGAUAUUUCAAGAGAUAUCUCCUGACAGACCAGUCCACGUGCGCCUCGCAGGCUUUGAGACCCUCUUCGAGAGUGAUUUAUCCAGCAAUUCCAACACUGAGGCAUUCGAACAACUCCUAAAACUCCUGAAGGAAGGAAUCGCCGACUCUACGAAGGCCGUCUUCGAGGCGAGCCUCAAAAUCCACACGAAACUCCUCGACAGCCCUCGAUCCCAUGAUGUCUACACCAAUCUCAUGAACUCUUUCGAGGCAGAAUAUUAUUCAGAGAAGUUUCAGGAGUGUUUCCCAAAUUUCGGAACUGGCAUAAACUUCAAAAUAUUUUUUCAUGAGAAGCUCCUGCGAAUUCUCCACGUGAUCGUUAAAUACCAGAAGGAGUUGCUGAAGAGCACGAGGAAUGUUGACAGAUCGCUGGAGGAGAUGAUCGAUCAGUUUCUGAUGUUGUUGACGUGCAACGAGAACAAGAAGAGCUUGCACUGCAAAAAUCUCAGUGUCAUGAAUCUGGUAUCGCUCCUCGAGCCCCAGGCAGAUUGGAGUGCAAAGUGGAUGCACAGCGUGGCGACGAGGAAGACUUUUAUCGGUGCUCUAUCAAAGUCCCCGGUUUUACUCCAGACGAUGGGUGAAAUCGUGCAGAAAGGGCUAGAGUGCCCGUUCAACGGUUCUCUGGCUUUUUCCAUAAAAGAUGACGCAGUGCAAUCGAUUUAUCGCUCGGUUUACAUAUCAGGCGACACUGUGGAAACAAUAACAUACCUGCAUUGCCUGAAUUUGGUAGCUCAAACAAUCAAUUGGAUUGAGCCGUCGGCGAUGGUCGUCGGAGAUGAUUUUACAUUACUCCUCGUCAACUCCCUCAACUCGCUGGCGACGUCGACGACCCCGAAGACCAUUUAUAACGCCUCCCAAAACGCCUUGAAAAUCAUUCUCGAUCGUCCAACCUAUGCGUUCGACUCGAGUGUCGGCGAUGCGGCCCUAAUGCCUCUCAGGAACUUUAUGACCGAGAGCAAUGGAAAUCUGUGGCCUCACACUCUCGAUUUCAUCAACUUCAUGCUCGACUCUGACGAUGGCCUGACAUUUUUCACAUCCCAAUAUCAAUGUAUCUCCCCUCGGGAAGUCUCUCCAUUCACGCCAGCCUCGGACUUCCUGGAUUAUACAUCCAAUCUCCUACGACAACCCAUAGCCCUCAUGAACGUCGAUCACGUCGUCCAGGUACUGGCACUCGUGGGAAAACUCUUCUCCGUUCUGGAGAAUUUCAAUAUCAUUCAAGAGCCAUUGAGGAACACACUGUACCCCUCGAUGGAGUAUUUCUACAAUAAAAUCCAGAAAUAUUCAAUAAGACACGAGAAUAGCUGUCAACUUCUGGACAGUGCUAUACAGGAAACUUUACUGAAAAUCGUUGCGUGGCCUCUGGGACUACAAUUACUCAUGAAAUAUCAGUUAACUUUCGAGGAACUCAUCCGGGGCUGCAUAAACCCAUUCCGACACUCCUGGAGCUCCAACGAAAUCAUUUCCUUCAUCUCCUCAGUGAGUCAUUUCAAUGCAGGAUCCAAACUCAUGGCUGAUCUGGUCCCCCACACGGUAUCAAUGCUGCUGGACGAGAUAAACGAUAAUAUCGAUAAAGAGGAGAAUCUCGCUGACCUUCGCGAUUGCGAACACAUUCAGAAAUUCAUUCACGUCCUCUCCUUGUUUUCACUGAAUACCAAAUGUUUCUUCAUCUUCAUGAUGGAGGAAGACUCUACUGAAGAUACUGCUGGCUAUCCCCGGAAUCUCGGUCAACUGUUCAAACACUCCAUAACAAUUGACUCUCCCUUUCAUUAUAUCAGCCUCUUGUCAUUAGAAACAGUCAUCUGGAAUCUUGAUGUUUUAAUUUACUUGAUGACUCGUUACGAUCUCCAGUUGAAGCUCCUGGAACUCCAAGAGUCUUGUGUCAUGGAAGUGACUAAAAAAAAGGAGAAGCCAGAGGAGGAAUUCAGUGACGGAGAGAAUUGCGUCGAGGGAAAUGGAAUUGAGGAGACGCAUGAGGUUCACCUGAUUGAUGAGAGCAGCCUUCUCCGUCAUAGUAUUUUAUCGAAAUCCUACUACAUCCGACAUAAACUGGAAAAAUUGACGAGUGAUGAGAACCCACAGGAAUCUAGAUUGUACUCUGCAUUCCCUCCUCCGACUCCUGAGAACAAGGGCUCAUUUUCAUUUUCUGGUGCUUCUUCGGAACUUGAGGAAUUCCUGGACGGUUGCAAGUCAGAGACGGGUCUCAGAGACAGUGGUUGGGUUGUCCAAAUCAGGAAUGCUUACGGGAAUUCUCAGGGCCCAAUGAAGCAUUCCACGUACAUGACUCUCCUGGAGCAAAUGGAGCGGGCAAUCGCCGCCGUUGAAUGGGUGGACGUGUACAAAUGGAAUUCCGAAUCAAUUCCAAGUUACGAGUGGCUGCCAGAAGAAGAUGUUGGUCUGGAUUUGGUCAUCAGACUGGCUGAAGACCACUGGGAGGCCUCCGACAACAAACAGAACGUCAAAGAUGACUUGAAGAAAGUUUUUGAGUCAGUUCACACAUUCAUUCAGUACCCGAGAGCCGGGUAUUUUGAAGGGUUCGACUGGUUCCUUGGAACAGUUUUCGUCAUCUGCGGUGGAAAUUUGGACAGGUGUAAAACUUUUGUGAAGAACAUCGUACGAUUUCCAUCCGGAAUUUACAUGUGGAAUUUUCUGGGGAUUUCUCACGAUGCGAGCAAUCGAGGCCUUACACCGCAGUUUUUAUUGGCUCAGGGAAUUGAUUCGAUUGUGACGCAAGAAUUUCCGGUUUUAAAUUAUGCUAUGACGAAUGAAUUCGGAGUAAAAUGGUGGAUGAUCUGCAAUCGGUUUCUGUUGCAAUGCUUCUGGGGAGUUCUCGAAUGGUCUGAAAUCAUGCACUUUAUGGCGAUAUGCGUACUGUACUCCCCAGAUUACAUAAUUUAUUAUUGCGUCUCCCUGUUGCAACACUGCGAAGAGAAAAUAAUGCAGGACAUCGUCGACAAAAAAUAUUGGCCCGAAAACAUCGAUUUAAGCAGUUACCAGUGCCACAAUUACCUCGUCUACAUGGACCGAUUAGAGAAGAAGUAUCAGAAUCAAAUACUCCCAUCCUUGACCUUGAACAAAUCCACAGAGAUGCAGCAAUGAGGGAUCUU